AUGGUUAAGACUACUUACGCCCUUACGCUCUUUGCUGCGGUCAGCAUUGCUGCGCCUGUUGCCCAGCCUGAUGGUAGCGGUAACCUCCUCGGUGGUACUGAUGCUGGUAUUAGCAAGCUCUUUUCUAAGCUUACUGGUCGUGGCGAUGAGGAUACCUCGAAUGAGCACAAGAACCUCAUUGAGGACAUUCCCAUUUUGGGACCGAUGCUUGGAGCGAAGCACGACUCUAAGCGUGGCCACUCCGAGUAUGAGGCUGAUCACCACAACUUGAUUGAUGGAAUCCCAAUCGUCGGCCAGCUGCUUGGUAAUGACAAGUCUACCCUUGACAAGAGCAAGGACCGUCGUGACCUGAGCGAUGGUCUGAAUGGUAUCCCCUUGAUUGGUGGUUUGUUCGGCAAGCACGAGCACACUGGUGGAUACAACGGCCAGAAAGCAAGCCGCAGCUACGGCCAGAACUAUGGCCAGAACUAUGGUCAGAACGAAGGCCAAAACGAGGGCCAAAACGAGGGUCAGAACGAAGGCCAAAACGAGGGUCAGAACGAAGGCCAGAACUAUGGUCAGAACGAUGGUCAGAACGAGGGCCAAAACGAGGGUCAGAAUGAUGGUCAAAAUGAGGGUCAGAACGAUUGGCAAAACUACCUUCAGAAUUACGGCCAGAACGAAGGCCAGAACUCCAAGCGCGACCUCGGUGGCCUCGAGAGCCUCCCCAUUGUUGGAGACCUCCUCAAGAGCGACAAGGCCGGCCACAAGGAGACCGACGACCCAGCUAAGCACCUCGACACUCGCCAGGUCGGUGGAAACGCCAAGGGCGUUUUCGGUAUCCUGCAGUCCCUGACCAGCGGCAACCCCGUCACCAAGAGUCACGCCAAGCGUGAGGAUGAUGAGUUCUCCCAGCUUGACCCCCUCCGCGACGUCGUCGACGGCGCCGUCAUGUCGGGUAUGGAAGCUGAGGGCGCCGCUAUGCCUAUGCGCCGCGACGAGAUGGCCACUCCCACCCAACAGUCCGCAGCCUCGGCAACACCCACCCCCAGCGAAUCUGCCAAGCCCAAGAGCUUCCUCAGCGAGCUGAUGGGCAAGCACGGUCUCGGUUCGAUCAUGGGCCACGCCCACCACGGUAUUGGUCUCUUCCCUAUGAAGCGCGAUGGCACCGGUGCCGCACCCCCAAUCCAGGGCUCAACCCUGACCGACGUCCUCAUGCAAGGUGGUGCCCUCGGCAAGCUAACCAAAAUGCUGUCCCCUGCUACUCCUCCGAAGUCUCCUCACGGAGACCCCAACACUGUCGGUGAUGGCUCUAGCAACGGUCCCCCUGACCCUGCUUCUGGUGCUGGUCCUCACAGUGGACCUGGUUUCGCCGGUGAGCAUGGUGAUUCUAAGGCUGCCGCUUCUGUUGCUGGUGCUGCGGCUAAGCCCCAGUAA